AUGCCGUUUGCGUUUUGCACGAGGGCGAAGAAAUGGUGUGAGUUUGCAGUUGAUGGUGAAUCAACAAAGUUURUUCAAGGAUAUGCCAAAGAGUAUAACAUGGUGAUUGUGAGUCCUAUUCUCGAAAGAGAUAUCGAUCACCGUGAAYUUCUUCGGAAUACCGCUGUGAUUAUAGGGAAUAAUGGAAAUAUCAUUGGCAAGCAUCGAAAGAAUCACAUACCGAGGGUCAGAGAUUUUAACGAGAGCACGUAUUACAUGGAAGGAGACACGGGCCAUCCUGUGUUUGAGACGGUGUUUGGGAAAAUUGUAYUCAACAURUGUUAUGGACGACACCAUCCUUUAAAUUGGUUAGCUUUUSGUCUAAAUGGUGCCGAGAUUGUCUUCAACCCUUCAGCAGCUUGA